UUUUUGAAGUUCAAGUGUGGUCACGUGACCCACGCUAACCGCCAUCUUUGUGUGCUGUAUAAACAGUGGAACCGGGUUUCCAACGAUUUCGAAAUAUUCGUGAUUUUUCGGUGUCUCUGAGUGUUUUUACUGCUAGUGAAAUGUCGGGAGACAAAGCGGAUAUCAAGAAAGAGAACGCGAUGGAUAGCACCAAUAAGAAGGAAGAUACUGCUCCUGUAGAAGUUGAGAAUCGCCGCAGAACAAGAUCAUCUACUAGAGGUGUUCCUCCCACCCCUCCCCCACCUGUUAAGAGGGAGAGGAAAACCCCACCUUCAGGAGGAAGAGGGUCCAGACGUGGGAGGCCAAAGAAGGACGCUGAAGAAGACAAACCGAAGGAAGAUGAGGAUCAUAAUGAGGAAACAAGUAAUGAUACAAGUGAAAAAAAGGAUGCGAAGAAUGAUAAGGCAGAUGAAGUGGAUUCAAAGAUGGAAGUGGAUGAAACUCCUGUAAAGCCAGCCCCUGAGACUCCCGAAAAGAAGGAACAACAGGAUGGAGAAAAAACUGAAAAGGAAUCACCUAAACCAACUGAUAAUGCUGACGGUGCAACUUCUGAGGCACAAAAUGAAAAACCAUCCAGUGCUAAAAAUGAAGCUGCUACUGAAGCACCAAAAGAGACAUCGACAGAGAAGCCAGAAUCAACUGGUGAAAAGGAGUCUGCACCAGCUGAAACGGUGGAGAAUAGUAGUGAGCCCCAUGUAGAGCCUGCUGUUGAGACCAAGAGUGAAGCACCUCCAACAACAGGAAGUGGUGGUGAUGCAGAGAAGAAGCCUGCUGUAGUUGAGAACAACAAGGCUCCAGCGGAAGAACAGAAGGCGACAUCAGAACCCGUUGGGCGUGUGAUGCGUCUUAUUUUAAAUACAAGUGACAACACUGUACAGCAGAGAGUGAGAGGUAGAAAGAGGGACAGAGAACUUUUUGCCCUUUUCACAGUUUUAAGUAUUGAGAUGUGAGUCUCUGUUUUUUUCUUUGGUUUCUAAGAUAAACCUUGUGGUGGUAAGCAACUGAGUUGGUUCAUUAUCCUAACAGGCUUAAGUUACCAGAAAAUGCUGCUGUACUUCUACAUUUUUUGUAGAUUCAUUGUAAAUUCAACUGUUACUUGGUUUUAUACUUUGUUUACAGCUUGUUGAUGUUACAUCCAAAAAAUUAAUAAACAUCCUAUCCUAUGACAUCCUCAUUCCUGUUUUUUAAUAAAUAAUUUUGAAUCGGUCAGUUAUGGAGAACUGUGUUUAAAUAUUGCCUACUCCUUUUUUCAAAAUGCAUUUACAAUGGCAGCAUUUUCUGCUUAACAAUGUUUUCCAUUGCAUUAAUUAUUAAGUAUUUACCCAUUUCCUGAACAUUGUAAUUUCCCUGUCUGCUUGUGGCUCUGUUCUCCAGCAGCAGUAAAUAGAGAAUCCUAUUACUCCUUAGGUUUAAAUUACCUUGUUUAAAAUUAUUGUGCAAUGUUUACCCACUGGUUUGUCUCAAAAGGCUAUUAUGGAUAAAGAAAUUGCAAGGACAUGAGUCACUUCAUAGAGUUCUUUUAAAAUGUAACUAGACAAUCCAUAGAAAUGCUAACUAAAUACUUAAAAUUAGUUUUUGUAUGUUUAGUUUAGUCAGGGCACUAUUUGUGGUUCAAGUUUUACAUUCAAUUAUCAAGCACUUUUAAGUGAUCGAAUGAAAAUUAAUAUUAUAUGAAUUGUCUUAUAAAUGGUUUUAAUGUGUGUUUGGUUUUUUUGACUGUAUUAUGAGUAAAUUGUGUUAAUUUGUUCUUUGCUAGAAUCCAAUGUCCUUGUGUAGCUCUGCUUUUGUGGAAAAAAACUGCAUGUAAAUGAAGGAUGGUUCAGAGUGGGAAUUUUAAAGUGGGAUUUUUUAAAUAAAUUUUACUUAUAAAUAAUUCUAUAUCUGAUGUAGUUAUGGCAUAUUUAUAUUUUAUAAGUAAACUGUGUUGAUAUAUUAAAGAAAUAUUAGCAAGUACAAGAUCAAAUUUUCACAGUAGUGAUGUUAGGCAUACAUACAUUUCCUGUUAUGUACUAUGCUCUCAACAACAAAAAAAAAAAAAUUCUGCCUAAUUGGUGAGUAUGAUGUACAUUGUCAUUUAUUUUUGUGGCAAACUCGGUUUAAGCAUUAUGAUAUUAGGUGUGCGCACAGAACUUUUGCAUGAAUGUAAAGGCACAUUCAAGUAAGCUGCUCCUGAGAGAGGCCUAUUGAAAUUUCAUCAUCACUGUUCAGUUACCUUGUAUGCUACAUGGCAGGAAAUUAUAGUAGUGGCUGCUAUGAAUAUGAGACAUCCUCUGUUCAUGCUCGUUUGAACCAUCCAGGUCAUAUCUUUACAUUGUAAAUACUUUAUUUCAAAUGCCAUUAAAAUAGAUUUGAGUGUGCAGUAAUAUUUCAUAGUUGACUGUCUAAACAGGGCAUGUGUUUACAUGAGUGAUUACCAGGUUCUGAAUCUGGUGAGUUUUCUUGCAUUCCUUGUUUAGUGAGAAAUAAUUUUUAUACAGUAAAGCCUUGCUUAGCUGUGUUCCAAGUCAUUUUAAGAUAAAUCCUCUGUAAUCCUUUUUCUCUGUGGAAUUUAGUAAUAUAGCUCUAGUAAAUGGAUAUAUGGGUGUUGGAAUUAAGUUGAAUCUAGUACCUUACAUCAUCCUCACUAGUAUCACAUAAUUGUUAUUCUUAACCUUUCAUUCUGAAACAAUUUUUUCAUAAUGAAAGUGAUUUGAAUGUCAUAUGUCCUUUGUUUGACAAAUAGUAAUAAGUGGUCAGUUCGAUGCAAUGAUGUGUUGUGUUGGAAAGGUUUGGUGGCAGGGAUGUAAUUCUUUUAGCGUGGGAUGCUUGUGUGAUUAAGUGUUACAUGGGGAAAAUGACAUUCUUGUGUGUGCCUACUCUAUAAUUCCUCAGUAAUAUCCUACAUUUUUGUACAAAAUUACAGAACUUGUUUGUCUCCGUGUAGAUGUUUAAUGCUAAUGUUCUCUUCGUGCGCAAGUCAUUUGAGUGACCUACAAAGCUGCUGUCAAUACUAGAAGAAAGAGCAGUAUUCAUGCUAGUGGACCAGCUCAGAACACUGUGUUCCACAGGGUUCUAUGCAAGUACAGUAAAUGCUGCGUAUGAUGUGGAUUUAAAAUCCUAUUGAGUUGUUAGUGUUAUUUUAUUGUGUAAAUUUUUUUGAUUUCAAAGUUUGUUUUGUAUAUUUACUUUUUAUGAUGUGCAAAGUCUAUUUGGCAGUGUGUGUGUGGAUUUAAACGUUUCCUAUCAUUGUUCCACUGCUAAUGUAGGCUUUACUGUGCUACAGAGUGAAAGUGAUUCAUAAGGCACUAUAUUGGGCAUUCAAAAAUGUAAGCCUCAUCUUGUAAGUGUAAUGUGUUUGCAGAGAGAAAAAGUAGGUCAAAUUUUAUAAAAUACUGUAUUAGCAUAGGAAUGAAUACCGUAAAUGGAUAUUUGUGUUUCGCAAAGGUAUAGAGGUAAGGGAUAUGAAAUAGAGUGAAUUUGAAUGCUUCUUCGAAUUCAGGUUUCACUGUUCAUUAUUUUAAUUAAUAUAACAUACCAUUGUUUUGUAACCCUUUCAAGUCUAUGAUUAUUAGGCAUUGAAUAUGUGUGGUCAUUUUAGACAUUUUUGUAGCUACCUAGUGACAUUCUAAAACAAUUCAACAUGCACAAAUUAAUUUCAUAGGCUCGACCUCCUAUCUAUUUCGUAUGAAUAUAAAGAUUUUAUCAUCUUUUUGUUGUUUUUAUUGAGAACAUUCCUCGGGUGUUUUUAUUUUUGUUAGAUGUUUUCCUACAUGUGAUUUAUUGGGCUGGAGACAAUGCCUGCAUUCAAGAGGCUGAUAUUCGUUUUGUUGAAGAUGGAAGUGUUACAACUAGUAAAUUAUGUCUUUUGUAACUACUUGGUAUGAAUUUGCGAGGCUUGAGAGGGUUAAUUAGCUACACAAGAACAUUUAUAUCUUUCAGUGAAGUGCCAUUACAAGUUUUGUUAUGUGACAAAAAGUGUUUCAGCUAAUGAAUUACCUUGUAUUAUGUUUUAAACCGAAAAAAAGUGUUCAAAAUUACAUUGAAGGGCAAGACUGUUCUGUUGAAUCAGACUUUCUAUUUCCCCCCUCCAUUUAACAGCAUGUAACGAAGAAUUUUAUCUUCUCUAUAAGAAACGUAUCAUCUCGAUGUUUGUAAGUACUUGCUGUUUAAUUGUUAAUUUUGCUGCUUUAUGUAAAAUGCUAAUAUCUUAUAUAUUUUUUCAAUAGUUGGAAGCACUAGUUUCAAUAUAAGCUAAAUCAGAGCAUAACAUAGAUGUUUUUGUAGUUAGUUUUUGUGGGUAGAGUGAAUCUGGUUGCUCUAUAGUGGUGAAAUUGUGGAUGAAUGAGAUAAUGUAUUUCUUGGAGGUAAUUAAUAUACAUACACAAGAUAGAAUCAUGCAAAAGACCUUUGGAUAUUGUAAUUGUGUAUCAUUGGAUUAUUUAUAAAAAGUAUGAAAGAUUAUUAAAUUGUCUUCUACAUCAAAAUAAACCUGACACUUGAAAUGCAAAUUUGAGUUCCUUGAAAU